AUGGCAGGCAAACGAGAAAAUUUUGCAAGGGUGGAUGAUCUGGACUCUUGGUUGCCAUCAUCAUCUGCAUCCCGCCAACAGAACUACUCCUCCAAUAUCAGUGGACCGCUUUAUCCUAUUCAUGCAAGCAACAACACAUCUGGAUCUUUCAAGAAAGGGAUCCAAAAGGGUUCCAAAGGGCUUAAAUCGAUAGGACGUUCACUUGGUUUCGGUGUUUACCGAGCAGUGUUCCCAGAAGACCUUAAAGUCUCCGAGAAGAAGAUAUUUGACCCUCAGGAUAAAACUCUUUUGCUUUGCAACAAAUUGUUUGUCAUGUCAUGUAUUCUCUCAGUGUUCGUGGACCCUUUUUUCUUCUAUCUCCCUGUGAUCAACAGUGAGUUCAAGUGCCUUGGCAUUGACCAGAGUCUGGCUAUAACGGCAAGUACAUUGCGGACAGUUAUCGAUGUGUUUUACCUCGCUCACAUGGCUCUCCAGCUCAGGACUGCUUAUAUUGCACCCUCCUCUCGGGUCUUUGGGAGAGGUGAACUCGUGAUUGAUCCUGCGCAGAUAGCAAAGAGAUAUUUGCGUCAUUGGUUUAUCAUAGAUUUUCUCUCAAUACUUCCUGCUCCUCAGAUUGUAGUUUGGAGGUUCUUGCAAAGUUCAAGGGGGUCGGAUGUAUUGGCUACAAAGCAGGCCUUGCUUUUCAUUGUUUUGGUUCAGUAUAUACCGCGAUUUCUACGUGUCUUACCCUUGACAUCGGAACUGAAAAGGACAGCUGGUGUCUUUGCAGAGACUGCUUGGGCUGGUGCCGCCUAUUAUCUGCUUUUAUACAUGCUUGCAAGUCAUAUAGUUGGAGCGUUUUGGUACCUUUUAGCCUUAGAACGUAACGACGCUUGCUGGCAGGAGGCCUGUAAUGGUGCAAAGGAUUCUUGCAGCACAGGUUUCUUGUACUGUGGCAAUCAAAACAUGGACGGCUACAAUGUUUGGAACAAGACCAAAGAAUCUGUUCUUCAGUCCAGCUGUCGUGCUGAAGAAGAUGAUCCUAAUCCUCCAUUUGACUUUGGGAUUUACACACAGGCUUUAUCCUCUGGCAUUGUCUCGUCUCCAAAGUUCAUCACGAAAUAUUGUUAUUGCUUGUGGUGGGGCCUUCAGAACUUGAGUACACUUGGACAAGGGCUUGAAACCAGCACAUACCCGUUGGAGAUUUUAUUUUCAAUAGCUCUCGCCAUCUCUGGGUUGAUUCUCUUUGCUCUUCUCAUCGGAAACAUGCAGGAUUCAGGAACAAAGCUCAUAUGGCUUAGCUCAACACAAAAGUAA